ACAUGGACCAGAGUCUGUAGAAACAUCGAGAGGACGGACGCUGCUGCGACACGGUGUUUGGAUUCAGAAGAAGACGUCCCCGUGUCUUAACAUUUGGACCAUGCUGUGUCCCGCUCUGCUCUGCGCCGCUCUGCUUCUCCUGUCGCCCCUGGAGACCACAGAGGGGCGGGCGCUUCAGCCGUCCCCCAACGCCGCGCAGUUCGUCGAGCAAUUUCUAGAACGCUACAACGACCUUUUGACCCUGGACGACUUGGAGAACAUGUUGAACGGCCCCGCGGACGAGCUGCCCCCCUCCGCCGGCUCCUCGGGGGGUAAGUCCGGGGAGUACCCGCCGAACCCCGCCCCCGCCGCCGCAGAUACCCAAUGGCUGCGACUGCUCAAGGGGGCGCUGGCCAAUCAGAAGAGAGCGGAGCCCGAUCGACUGAGGAGGGGGUGGAACCGGGGGUGUUUUGGCCUCAAGCUGGACCGGAUCGGAUCCAUGAGCGGACUGGGGUGUUAGUGUGAAUCGGUGAGAGAAAAGGGUGCGUUCACGUGACGUCGGAAUAUUUAAAACUGUUUGAAAUUUAUCUGGAGGGCAGGUCUGGAGUUUAUGUUAGAAUUUGAGUGUUUAAUUCAGUUUUGACCUGGUUUUUGGUUCAUAUUUGUGUCGUUACUGCUCCUGAUCGUCAUGAAACCAAAACUGACAUAAAGUUUAAUUAUUAUUUUUAUUAUAUUUAAGCAUUUAAGAUGAAUGCAGCCGAUUUGUGAACCAAUCUCGGGUUUUGUCGAGCUUCAAACCAGAACUAAACCAGGUCUAAAAUGGGUCUCAACUACAGGGUGGCUCAAAAGUCACUGACACUUUGAAAUCUUCAGUCGCUCCUAUAAUUCUUAAGUUAAACUCACCAUAUUUUAGCCGUAGAUAAACUGAUUUUUGGCGAUAUAUACGGUUAUAAUUGUUCACUUACACUUGAACUUAUCACGACUUAAACUAAGGGAAGUAAAAAUGUUCAGUUUGUCUUAUUUGAUCCUCGAUAUCACGUUUAAAGUCGUUUAUUAAGUCGUCUGAGGUUUAUUCACAAACACCUUUUCUUUAAGAUCGACCCACAGGAAGAAAUCAGGACUAGUCAGGUCUGUGGAGAUCACAUACUGCCCCCUGUCUUUGAAAAACAGUUAUUAUUCCUUUAAUGGCGUUUACGCUCGGGGCAUCUCUGGUAUUGGGUCAAAUUUGACCCAUGUGACUCAAAGUACCAUUGUACAAUGAGGGUUCGUUCCUCGGUGAUGGAUUUGCUCAGAUUAAUGUGGGAAGAGUCGUUCUAAAUGCUCUGGAAAAGUAAAAGAAAAAUAUUUAGAAACAAAGGAGUUAUGGGAUUUUUUUAACUGUCAGUGACUUUUGGGCCAUGGGGUAGAUAUCCAUAUUAUUUUAUCUGUAACAAUAAAAACUGCAAAAAGAGCAGAUUAAAUUAACAUCACAGUGUUUAUUUCAAAAAUGGAACAUGGUGAUAUUUCUUCUCUUUUGUCUUUCACGUUUUAUCAGAUAUUUGAGGCAUUUUCAGGCACAUUUCUGAUGGGUUAUUAUCAUAUUAUUUGAAUAUCACUGGGACAAAACAGCAUUAUAUAUAUAAAAAGUGCACUGUGUAACUUUUCUGGUGUUUGUCUCCAUCAAGAUGUUAUUUCUUUGCCUGGAAUAUCCCACAGUUGCUAAGAAAUUCCUUGAAAAACAUCAAAAAUGACUGAAAAUGACUGUGAGCGGGCUCGCCUCUCCACAGUUCUGACUUGUAGCUCGACCCGCUCGUCUCCGUGAAGCUCGAUUAAUGUCGUUUAAAGCCAAACGGUGGGACAAUACUGACAAAACAAUAACAUCUCCAGGCAGACAAGCAGGCGGCCGACCUUCUGCCAGAAAAGUUCCAUAGUC